AUGAUCAACUCCACACACUUCUCAUAUUUCACACUUGCUGCCUACUCUGACACCGGGCUCUUCAAAUACUUAUACUUCAUCAUUGUGAUGAUUUUAUACAUGUUGAUUAUCUGUGCCAACCUCCUGCUGAUUGUGGUUAUCUGUGUGAACAGAAGCUUACAUGAACCUAUGUACAUGUUUCUGUGCAGCCUGUUUGUAAAUGAACUGUAUGGUAGUACAGGGUUGUUUCCAUUGCUGCUGCUUCAGAUCCUCUCUGACAUUCACACUGUUUCUGCUUCAGCUUGUUUCCUGCAGAUUUUCUGUUUGUACUCUUACGGAGGAAUCGAGUUUUUUAACUUAGCCAUCAUGUCUUAUGACAGAUAUCUGGCUAUCUGUUAUCCUCUGCAGUAUAACACACGCAUGACGUCCAGUAAGAUCGCUGUGCUCACUGCUCUGAUGUGGAUUUACCCUCUGCUUAUCAAUGCUUUGAUCGUGGCUGGUCUGAUGUUCCCUUUACAGCUGUGUGGGAACAUCAUUAACAAAGUGUACUGUGACAACUAUUAUGUCAUUAAACUGGCGUGCUCUGACACAAGACUCAAUAACAUCUUUGGACUCACUCACAUGUUCACAGUCAUCUUGGGUCUUAUACUUUUAAUUAUCUACACGUACAUCAGGAUCCUCUACGUCUGUUUCUCUGGCUCUAAACAGACGAGACAGAAAGCUCUCAGCACCUGCACACCCCACCUCGCCUCUCUGCUCAACUUCUCCAUCGGCUGCUUCUUUGAAAUCGUGCAGAGCAGGUUUAAUAUGAACAAUUUACCAAAUAUAUUGAUUUUUUUAUCACUAUACUGGCUCACAUGUCAGCCGCUCAUCAGCCCUUUACUGUACGGACUGAAAAUGACCAAAAUACGUGUUUUAUUUAGAAAUAUGCUCUUUAGGGGAAAAACGGCACCAAACCCUGAACCUGACCCCGACUCAGAGCCCAUACCUCUACCUGUCUACCUGCACUGUCCCAGUCCACUUCCUGCUGUCCCCUGGACCUCAUUCUUCUGUGUGGACACUUUGGACUUGUCUCCGUGCCCAUGA